GCAGUUACCACAACCUUGGUAUGCUCACAUCAUGAAUAUAUCAAAAUCAGUCUUAAAGUCAUUACAGCGCCUAAAGGAUCUCUUAUAACCAAUGUUCCAGGCUUCAAUGGAUCUCUACCUUCAAAGCACUAUGGAGGGUAUGUAACAAUAGAUGAAAGUCAUGGUAAGAACUUGUAUUACUAUUUUGUUCAAUCAGAAGGCGAUUCAUCAAAGGACCCUAUUGUUCUAUGGCUGAAUGGUGGACCAGGAUGUUCUAGUUUUGAUGGUUUUGUAUAUGAACAUGGUCCUUUUAAUUUUGACAAACCUGUCAAUGGAUCCUUGCCUAAGUUGCAUCUCAAUCCAUACAGUUGGUCCAAGUUUGGUUUCCAACAUUAUAUAUUUGGACUCACCCGUUGGAGUAGGAUUUUCGUAUUCGAAAAAUACAUCUCAGUACGAAACUGGAGAUGAAAAGACUGCGACUGAUUCACAUACUUUUCUCCUCAAAUGGUUUGAAUUAUAUCCUGAGUUUCUUGCAAACCCCUUAUACCUUGCUGGAGAAUCUUAUGCUGGAGUUUAUGUGCCUACUCUUGCUCAUAAAGUAGUACAAGGAAUUGAAGCUGGUAUCAAACCUAAACGGAAUUUCAAGGGUUAUUUGAUUGUAAAUCCUGUUGCUGAUGAACAAUUUGAUGGCAAUGCUCUUGUUCCUUUUGCACACGGAAUGGGUCUGAUCUCUGAUCAAAUACUCGAGAACAUAACAAAAGCAUGCAACGGGACUUUCUAUGCAACAAACUCUAGUGACUGUAACCAUUGGUUGUCGAACCUUAAUGAUGUACUACACCUUUGGUGUGUCAUGCUAUGCUCAUGAGUAUGAUGAAACAGAAAGGAAAUGCAACAUCUUAAAAGCAUGGUAGGAAGUUUACCUUUGAUUUGAGCUGCUGGCCAUGCUUAACAGUCCGGUAUUCAACCGAGCUGAGUGAAUGAGAUUCAUUUUGGUGGUUGGAGAUGUUGGGUUCAGGGACAAAUUUAGUGACAACUGUUAUUGGAUUUGGCAUGAGUGCCACUUUCAUUGUUUUUGUUUGUACAAGAAUCAUUUGUGGAAGACUUAGAGGUGGUGUUGAAUCUAGGAUGAUGUAUCAGAUUGAAUCAAGAUAUGAUAUAGAACAGCCAUAACAUCAUGUUAAUGACCCUGAUCCUGAACCAGUUCUGCUUGAAGCAAUCCCCACUUUGAAGUUCAAUCAAGAGGCUUUCAGUUCCAUUGAAGAUACACAGUGUGUAAUAUGUUUGGCGGACUACAAAGAAAGAGAAAUAUUGCGAAUCAUGCCGAAAUGCGGCCACACUUUUCAUCUUUGUUGAGAUGCGGUUAGAACUGUUUCGUCUCAUUAACAACACCCAAGAAGCCAUCGAUGCUAAAAGAACGAGGAAAAUCGCAAUCUUGAUGUCAUUUAGAUAGUAACUAACAACUUUUUAUUCAUUUCAAGUUGAUUCUGUUAGGUACGUUGUUUUAUUUACCCAAUGUUAUUUUGAAUCUAUGCUUGUGUCAUGAUGAGUAGGAUGAAACUCCUUCUUCAGGUUGCAGUUUAGGUCCUAUACAAUGCAUUCAUACAAAGUAACUUGAAAUAGAAAGAUAUUUAGUAUGUUGUUCUUUUUCCUUUUUCACAGACUUCCCAUAAAGGUUAGUGUCACUCUUUUAUGCUUAUAAUUCCAUCAUGUCUUGCUAAUUUCUUUACUCUAAAAUGUUACUCUUAGUGUCUGUUCAUGUCACAAGUCUUACUAUAUUGUCAGAGUCUUUGCAGGCAGGUACCACAACCUUGCUAUGCACGUGUCAUGAAUAGAUUAGAAUCAGUCUUGAGGUCCUUAUGAGAGAGUGGUUAGUCCUACCAAGGUUUCAUGAUUUGCUCACUUUACUGUGACAUGUCAUCACUGUACUAAAGCUGCUUUGGGGAUAAGGAUGCUUGACCAAGUGCGUGUUAACUCAUUGCUAUCUUUAUUUGUUAUAGAUUGAUGAACUAUUUGAUGGUUUUGUUUUAUUUCCCAACAUUAUUUUGAAUCCAUUAUUAACAUGAUCGUCGGAGACAUUGUAGGUACCACACCCUUGCUAUGAAUAUUUCAUAAAUAGAUCAAAAACAAUCUUGAGGUCAUCAGAGAUGAUGUUCUUCUGUUUGCCUCUUUUGAUUUGGUUUGAUUUGUUUGUGCUCAACAUAUUAUUCAGGAGUAGCUAGAAAUAGAAUGCAAAUAUCUAAUGGUGUCCGACACCGACCCAUAUCUACACCUCUUAUCAUCGAGUUUUGAAUUUGGAUUUUGAAAUUCAGUUUUGUGAAGCUGGAAUCGGAUACGGAGACUCUUCUUGUGGAG